GUAUCAAUAUUUUCACUACUUCCAAUAAGAAGUGUAAAGUGGGGGUAAAACAAAGAGGUUAUCGUAAUGACAUACCAUUUAUGCGAUGUUGAUUUAAAUAGUUAUGUUAGAUGAACUACCGCAUCGAGUUAAUUGGAAAGACAGUAAUAUCACUAUUGGGAGUGGUUUAACGAGUCUUACGACUGGUUUUCAUGAGACGCACAAGGAAAGGUUUGAAGAUUAUGUCGGAAGUUGGACGAACCUAGAAGAUUGCAGAUUGCUCGAUCAUGUCUCUCGACUGGGUGAAAAUCGUUGGAAUCUUAUUGGAAAAAGACUUGGCAAGUCAGCUUUUCAAUGUUCAGAAAGAUAUUUGAAGCAUUUACGUCCUCAAAUGUUGGGAUCCAGUAAAACAUAUACAACUUUAAUACAACAUAGUACUGUACCACAAGCUAUUCUCAAUUCAGAUCAAAAUUCAACAUGGACAAGAGAUGAAGACUCAACUCUCCUCCAGUUGUAUUUAACAUAUGGAUCCAAUUGGGAGUUAAUAGCUAAUCGCCUAACCACUAGUGGUAGUUUGCAUAAAAAACGAACUGCUUUAGAUGUGAGACAGCGAUAUGAAAAAGUUGUUCUUCAAUAUUGGCCCACUAACAAUCAAGAAAAUCGUCCACUCUCUAGUUUACUGUUUCGUAAUUCGUUAUUAGCCUGGUCAAAUAGUCCUAAAAAUAAUAGUACUCACAACAAUACAAAUUCAAAUGAUCAAUCAAUAGUUAGUAAGAACAACGCUCGACCUACCUAUUUAAUCCCAUUAUCUUCAUUAAAGUCAAGUCACGAUUCUACAACAAGUGGAAAUUGGAAAAUUCGUCUAACGCAACCUAUUCAUCAUCAUGAUUCAGGGUUUAGCGAAUCUGGUUUGUCGAACAGUGUCCAAUCUGGUGGAAAUAAUUCUCAGCAAUCUCUGAGGUAUUCGGUUGUGACGACUUCCAUCAGUUCCGACAAUUCCUUAUUGUCUACAUCGACUCCAGUGGAUUUAAUUAAAAAUGGUCCAUUAUUAUCUAGUCCUGAUAAAUCUCAAUUCAGUCUACCAUCAUCAUCGUCAUCAUCAUUAUUUAUCAAAUCCAAUUCACCUAAAUUACUUGAAUCCAGUAUAAAUGAUGAUCUCAUUAAUUCUCCUAAUUCUUCUUUUUCAUUUCAUUUUUAUCAUAAUAAUAAUAAUAAUUGUUCAUCUAAAACAACUUCUCCAUUAAAAUCAAUUCAUCAGACAACAAAUGGAUCAUUAAGUGUUCUCAUAACUGAUGAUAACCAUAGUAACAAUAAUAAUAAUCAUAAUAAUCAUUUUGUUAUACAAACACCUACAAAAGCAUUAAGUGAAGCGGAUCAAUUAUCAUUUCAUUUAACUAGUCCACCAGCUGUAUUAGGCUCUGCUGGUCGUUAUCCUGUUACUAAUUUAAAUCAUAAAACAACAGAUUUAGAUAAAACUCCAAUUGGUUCAAGAAAUCCACGUUUUUCACAGAUAAGAGGUGACGACGGUGCACCGUUACGUAGACCACUCUGUACCAGAUUGUUUGAUAAUAUUCCAAAUGAUACUUCUCUUCCUUCAACAUCACUUUCUUCAUCGUUUACGGUGAGUAAUACUAAUCGUAGUAAUUUUUCCGAGAAAACUUCCUCAACGUUAUCCUUAUCAACAACAUCGUAUAAUUCCUGUGAUGAAGCUAAAUGUAUAGCUAUUCUUACUGCUAAAGCAACAGUUUGGAAUCGAGCACUUUUACCAACUACUUCUACGUCAACAACGGCAACAUCUUCAUUGUCAACAUCUCAAAAAUCUCAUCUUUCUUAUUUUACUGCAAAUAAUAAUCACAAUAAUAACAGAUUAUUCAAAGAUGAAAAUGAGUUCAACAUGAAUUCAUACCAGUCUCAUAACUUUUCAAUUACUAAAGAUUCAAUGAUGCGUUAUCAUAAUAAUCUAUAUCCUUAUAAAUCAUAUUCUCAAAUAGUCAAUAAUAAUGUCAACUUUAAUCCUCCAUUAAGACCGUUAGAAUUUUCUUCUAGAAAACAACCUCAUUUAACACUUCGACGUAUUGUACAAAUAGCUAAUGAAGAUGAUUGGCAAGACAUUGCUUAUGGUAAUAAUUAUGCUACUCAAACAUUAAUUCAAUUAGCUAAAUCAUUUACAAAUAAUUAUCAACAACAACAAUCCAUUAAUGAAUUGAAUGAUCUCUCAUCUCAUUCAUCAUUAUCUUCACCAUUAUUGCCUAUCAUAAAACGAACAAUAUCAAGUGAAUCUAUGAAUCAUUAUUCAAUCAAUAAUAAUCAAGAUUGUUGCUUCGAAGAACUAGAACAACCAAUGGACAAUUAUGAAUGAGAAUGAUUCUUUUUUUUAUCUUCUAUUUACUUCGUUUUUAGCAUAGUAUAUUUUAAAAUGUGACAAUUAGAUAAUCCAAUUGAAUCACAUUUCUUUAUCAGAGUUUCAAUCUUCUCUCUUUUCAUUUUAUUUCACAGUGGAUUAUUCAUUUGUAAUCAUAUGUUAGUUGUUUAUUUACAGGAAUGGAUCUUUUAUUGUAUUCGAUCAAAGAAGAACUUACAGUAUUUUCCCCCUCAUGUUCUCCUAUACACAUACUCAUUGCAAACUCUCUAACCUUCAACUUAUGAUACAGUAUUGGUACAGUAUUAGAAUUCAAUCGCUCUUUCAUGUCUAUAUUACAUAUUUUACCGCUACCACCUAUUUUCUUCAAAGUUGAUACUAGCCAUUUUAAGUUGGAAUAAAAUAAACCCACAGUUUCUAGUUUUCUUUCAUUAUUAUCAUAAGUUAUUAGACAAUAUUACUUAAUAUGAACGGGUGGAUUUACGAUGAUAAUGGUAAUGAAGAAUUUUGAAAGUUUGUAUAUCCUAUGGCAUUCAAUUAUCAAAAGAUUUCACUUCAAUCUUUAUCCUCAAUUCUUUAACCAUGAUCUUCAUGGUUUUAUGUAUGUUCAUUUCAUUGGAAAUCACUUAUCAACUGGAUAAACCUAUUAUAUAUAUAUAUACAUAUGUAUGUAUCAUUUUUCAUCCUUUUUUCCGAGUGAUUUAUAUAUACUAUCGAAAAUUUUAUCAUAUUACUGACAAUACUACUCGUAUUAGUAAUAUUAAUAAUACCUGGUUAUACAUUAACUAGGUGUUUUCUUUCUUCUCUAAACUAAGCAAUCAUGUGAUAUUCAUUAGAAUAUAUAUAUACAUAUACAUAUAUGUGUAAUUAUGAAUUCAUCUUCACUAUGAAAUUAACUUAGGCAACCGUACUAUAGUGUUAAUCAUCAUUAUUUCUUUUCUCACUAUGUCAUUUAUUCACUUCUCUAAGGUUACUUUUUCUUUUCACUUCUUACUGUUUCUAAGUAAACUAUGUUCAUUGUUUCAUUUCGCUUGUAAUUAUUAUAUGAAUUAAGUGUUACCUCAUCAUUUACUUUGUAAUGACUGUAGUAAUAAGUAAUGGAGGGGGGGAGAAACAACUCAAAAGGUUUAAGUGUAUUACUGUAAUACUUUGUGUUGUAUAGAUUCAAUAAACAAGUAUACUUUUGUAUAUUAUAUCAUAAGUAUUACUUACUUACGCCUGUUACCCCUCGUGGAAGAGCAUAGACCGCCCACCAGUUUUGGUUAGCGUUUCUUCAGUGAGUUAGUUUUUUACAUGAUAGGGUCGCUAACCCCCAUGUACAACCUUCCUCCUUUACCCGGGCUUGGGACCGGCAGUAACUCAGGCAGAGUUAUCAUAAGUAUUAAUCCAUAUUUAUCGUCAUUACAUAAAAGUGCUCCCUUUUUUUCAUUUCAAUCUAUACAUAUUACACUAUUCAACUGUUAUAAUACAAUAUGAUCUAUGUUCUCUAUCUAUGUCAUUUGAAAUUUACUUAUCCAUCAUCUUGUUUUAUUGGCUUACUUUAUAUAUAUAUAUAUAUAUAUAUAUAUAUAUAUAUAUAUAUAUGUAUAUGAAUAUUUCCAAAUUGAUUCUUAUACAAAUAAAUAAAUCAGUUUUAU